AUGCUGCCAGAGAUUUGGAAGGCAGUACAGAGAGAGCACCUGCUCGACGACUACAUGCCGCAGAUGCGAGACGCAAAUUCGGCUCCCCUGAAACCUGAAUCGGCAUGCGAUAUUCGACCUGUCUUGAAGACCUGCAGUGCUCUCACUGUCAGGGACAAGAAAAGGCUUCCGCCGAAGUCGCCGAGGCGAAGUAAAUGA